AUGAACCUUUGCAUCAAAGUAAUAAUCCUAGUGCUACUCUGUACCGAUGUACAUGCACUAUUUGGUGAUUCCCUAAAGAAACUUCGCCAAAAAGCAUCUGACAUGUACAAAACCAAACACAGUGGCAAAUUGCUAAACUUUUUAGGCCACGUGGCUUCAGAAUAUCCAGGCACGAACGCUAAAUAUAUCAAAAUCAAUGAAGAUUUAUGGGACGAGUAUUAUAAUUGUUUAAAAAGGCAGGAAGAAAGUACUGGACAGUAUUUGUCGAUGUCACCUGAAGCAGUGCUGGGUUUCGUAGGUGGGAACGUGAAAUUGUCGUGCAAAAUUUGCAUCAGUCCACAGGAGAAGGACAAUAUAGAGUCCGUAGUAUGGGAAUGGGCACCAAUAGGUGGUAAACAUCUAGAACCAGUUGAACUUCAUGAAAAUACUGUUUUAUCUCCCGAAGAAAAAACUCUUCAUCUCUAUAAUCUAGACAGCACACAUUCGGGACAAUAUAUGUGUACCUUAGGUGAAGCUGCCACAAUUCCAUACUUUUUAACUGUCGUAAACUUAAACGAAAGCGACAUCGAUCAGGUCCAUAGCCCUGAAGCACCCUUCGGACCUUAUCCCAAAAAGCCGCAAUUUUUAGAAGAGUAUGGUUUGAUACUAGAUACUGAAUGGAGCGAUUGGUCGACUUGUAGUGCUUGUGACAAGGUUGGAAAGAGGCAUAAAUUAGGUUAUUGCAGCAUUUACUCCAAAAACAACAAACUAUCAGUCGCUCCAACGCCCAACGUAACUGCAAACUUGAACAAUACAACGACAGAGAGUAGUGCAGAAUCGAUAGCUGUUGAUUUGGAGCUGCUGAAUGCUUUUCAAUUAGGAAUUCCUUGUAAAUCCCACAUUCUCCCCACUGCUAUUAAAGAACUAAAAGCAGUAGACUCCCGAAAGAACGAAAUCAUGAUAGGGUUUUGCAAAGUGGACUGUUCUACUAACGAACUGUUUAUUGUUAAGGAUAAACAUGGACAUAUCAUUGAACAGGCAAACAAUUCCGCAGGAAUUUACUCAAUGCUACAACCAUUACCUCCUUUAGAGCCACCGGUAGCCAGAAUCAUGCUAUAUGGUGUUAAAGGAAAGACAAUAAUCGUAACUUGUCCAGGGAGCAUGAAUACGGACGCUCCAAUACACUGGCAAGUUGGCAACAAAAACUUGAUUCCGGAGAUAAUUUCUGCGGAAUCCAAAGAAAGGAUCUUCGUUACUAUUACGGAUAGGAUCCAUAUUAAUGACGCUAGAUUAGCAGAUUCUAAUAUUUUCAGUUGCUGGCAGAGAGAUGAGUUAGCCGGUACCGUACGUUUAAUCGUAGAAAAGAAAAUAGAGUUCAAUUUUAAUCAUACUGUAAUGUUGAUAGGUAUUCUUGUUAUUCUAGUAGUAUUUCUACAUAUUUUUAUUAAGGCUAUAAUCGGUAGAAAGUACGCAAGAAUUGAGUAA